UCACUGUCAUCAUUAACGUCAAUGUCAUAACACAAUAACCUCCGCAUCUGAUAAUAAUAACCUCCAAUUAGAUUUUUUGGAAAUUAAUUCACUUUAGAAAUAUAUUUUUUAAAACAACAUUAAUUAUUGAACAUAAAUGUCAGCAUUUAAGAGGGUUCAGCAAUGGGCCACUUUUGCCCGAACUUGGCACAUAUUUGACUGUAAAUGGCAAGAUCCUUACGAGUCGGCUAAUUUGAUAAAGAAAUAUUUGAUGGGAAUGCACAAACCUAUUUACCAUCCUUUGAAUGACUGCGGUGAUGUUGUGGUCUGUAUAAAUAGUAGGGAAAUAGCUUUGAAGGGCGAUGAAUGGAGGAAAAGGGCUUAUUUCCAUCAUACUGGCUACCCUGGUGGUGCCACAUGGACCUUGGCUUGGGAGCUGCAUAAUAAAGAUCCUACUAUGAUUAUAAAGAAAGCGGUAUACAGAGCAAUGAAAGGUAACCUUCAGAGGCGGCAUACUAUGGAGAGGUUGUUUAUUUACCCAGGUGAAAACGUUCCAGAAGAUGUCAUGCAAAAUGUCACUAACCAGAUAAGAUCGUGGCGACUUGUGCCAACCAGACUAGACCAUAUACCCAAGGAAGAGGUAGAAAAAUACCCGAAGGUCAUGGAAUACCCUUCAGAUUAUGUAUUGAAAUGAUUUAACGUAUUUAGCUAAUAAUUAAAGAUAAGUUAGUAGAUAAUUAGAAAUAAAUGUUAUUGAUGA